ACAGGUAACUCUUUCACACAUUUCAUCGAAUAGGUCAUGCUCGAUUCCUCUCCUUGGCUUCAAUUAAUCUUUUUUCCUUUAUUUUGUGGUCUGGGUUUCUUAUUCUCCGCUUGGAUUAUCGUUUUUUAGUUGUUGUUGUACAUAGAUGGCAUGUUUAAAGGCAUUUAUAAUGGCAAGCAACAUCACGUUUCUGAUAUUGCUACUGUUUUGGGUGGAGCUUGGAAUGCUGGCGUCGAUCGAAUUAUCGUCAGUUACUCUCCCUCUUGUAUUAUUUUUGCAUUUAACUCUGUUUAUUUAUUUAUUAUAAUAAUUCAGUUUCAUAGGAAGCUUUAUAUGUUUGUUGUUACGGGUGGUUCCCAUGAGGAGUCGAAGGAAGCUCUUGCCAUUGCAGAAACCGAUGGGAGGCUUUUCUGCACAGUUGGUGUGCACCCGACUCUAUGCAAUGAGUUUGAAGAGAGCGGGGAUCCUGAAAAACAUUUUCAAGAUCUUUUGGCAUUGGCUAAGGAGGGAAUUCAAAGAGGAAAGACGAAUAAGAUUAUGGUUUAG